GAGAAUUUCUGUAUGUAGCGUGUUGUGCGGUGUCGUGUCUAGUGUUCUUGUGAAUGUCUGAAUGUUACUAAAUCAUUUUUCAGUGGAUGAACAUCGACAAAAUUUUUAAGAAGUGAAAAUAUAGUUAAAUUAAGUGAACCGCUUUAUAAUAAAAAGAGAACUCUAAAGAUGAACUGUGGCACCUUAACCAAUAACAAUGGGAGUAGCGAUAGUAGAAGUAUCAAUAACAAGCUCAAAAAAUCAUCGGAUGAUUUAAAACUGGAAAAACGUUUAAUAUUCUAUGUGAAAAAAUAUCGUAUACUAUACGAUAAUAAGCACAAACAUUUUUCAAAUUUGGAAAGGAAGGAAAAAAUAUGGAAAAAAAUCGCUGCAUCAUUGCAAUUAGAGGUGAAUGUUUGUAAGUCCACGUGGAUUGAAUUACGUUAUCUUUAUCAACGUCAUGCGAGGCGUUUGCUUCAAUUUUUUUCGGGUGGUCCCAAGGGCAACAAAAGAAGGCCAGUUAUGAAAUUGGAAAACGAAUUGCUAUUUUUAUGGAGAUUCUUAGAAGAACGUAAAAGCUGCGCUCCGUUAUUUGAUAUUGCUGAACCUGAAAAUGAAGUAAUUGCUAAUCAAUCUUGUAACAAAGAUGAUGACUUGAUUUUAAUUGAGCAACCAGUGGAAUUGAUUGUUAUCGAUGAGGACGAAGAUAGCUGCAAAAUUAUCAGUUCAACGACCAACAGUGCGAUAACGAGCAAUACAUUCAUAUUAACAAAGGAAAUGAAACAGUUGAUUGAACACGUUAAGGCUUAUCAGGAUUUGUAUCAUAAUCUAUCGCCUUUUUAUGCGGAUUAUAAACGCAAAGGUUACAUUUGGAAUGCUAUAGCCUCUGAGAUGGGAGAUAAGGCUACUAAGCUUAUGAAACUAUGGAUUUUCAUACAAACACGUUAUGAAUGGGAAAUUUGUCAAGCCUCCUCUGGGAUAGAUACAGCGAAUGGAAUGGCCGAAACCUCGGAAUUACAAAUGCUAUUGUCAUUUUUAAAGCCCCAUAUAUUAGCCAAUCCUAAUACAGUAUACAAACAAUCACACUAUUUGAAGAAGGGUUGGCAGGAGCCUAUCGAACAUUUCAAAAAUAUUUACAAUUUAUUAGCACGUAUGAAAAGGACAAUUACUGUUAUUGCGGUAACGGAACGUCUCCUUAAUAAUCCAAAUAAGACCGCAGACUUCUUUUCGCUGUGGGGAGAAAUCGGUAAAAUGAGGGGUGGGUCCGGUCAUUUAGUUGCAACUAUAGGCCAGUGCGAAAUAACAUGGUUAAUUUUACGUCACUUCUACUUGGAACUGAUGAAAAUGCGUCAACAAAGUUAUCAACUGACCGAUAAAUGGUAUUUUGAAGGUAUUAUUACAGAGCUAUACAAACGUUCUCAAUCGCACUUAGUAAUAGAGGACGCAAAAACGCGGCGAUUUAAGCCCUACCGAAAGAUUGGAUCAACGCUUACAGUGUCACCGAAAUCUACCAAUACGCUACCUAUGACUCUCACUAAUAAUGGAAUAACAGUUACUUCUCCAGCGGUAGAAAUAUCAAAUCAUAUAGUAUCGACGCAGCCGCCACCGUUGCCGAAGAUAACAUCAGCCAUUAGUUUAGCGCAGCCUGGUUUCGCGCAAUUCUUAAAUGAUACGAACAAUGUAAUACCAAUGCAACCUCCACCAUCAUAUAAUCAAGCUAUUGCAUCAUAUCCAUCAAAUAUGGUUCUGCAACAACUACCCACAACAACGAAUACAAAAAAUACUCAUUUAUCUCCCGUACAAAUACCUCUGAGCAUAUCGGACCAUAGGAUACUUAAAGCGGUAUCAACAACAACUACGGUAACGGCAACUGCGAAAUCUACUGUACAAAGUAACUCGGCCGCCAACAAUAAUACUUCAAUACUUUCUCCCAAAAUCGCCAUCAUUCCAAAUUCAAGUCUGCCAUCAGCCAGUGCGAUGACAGCCAUUCCAAUAGCAAACCUAAAACCGCUUUUUACAGCUGGAAAACGUGCGCCAACUUUGACGACAUCAGCGGCAUCUCCUAAAAUUAGCAACGUCAAUGUUUCUAACGUACAGCAACUACCUGUUACGCCAACAACUGUAGCGCCAGCUGUUUCUCCUGCCGCUAAAGCUAAUGCUGCCAACGUGGUUACUACGGCUUCUAAUUUAGUAUCCAAUACACCACCCUUACCGAAAAUUACAGGAGCUGUCUCACUACUUAAUCCUAACGAGAUUUUAAUUGAAUUAAUUGCCUCGCAAAGUGGCAAUCAAUUGGUUGUUCAUGGUCCACCUUUGGCGGAACGUUAUUCACUUUCCAUGCCGAAAACGGUUCUUUUUAUUCGAGAAGUUAUGGCCGUACCAUUAUUGCAUAACAAAAAACACAAUCAGCCAGCUCUUAUUAAUAGUUAUUGGGAACAUAUAGCCAAAGAAUUUAAUCUGCCGGCUCACAUAUGUCGGGCUUGUUGGAAUUUUCUUGUGGAGAAUUUUAAUCAAUUUCCCAAAAUUGCUCCGAUGAAAGAGUUAAUGAAACCAUUUCAAACGAAAAUUAAAGUUUGGACGCAAUCAUACGAACUCUUUAUGGAAUUUGAUAGUCAUGCUGUAUCUAUGGGAUGGUCGUCUAUACCACGCUUGCCGGAAGUCAUGGAAUAUAUAGGCACUUAUCCAAUAUUAUAUAUAAGUACAGAAUCUAAAAAUAAUAAAAACGACAUGGAAUCACUUUGCGUAUGGCGUACGAUACGAUUAAGGUUUCCCGAAGUCGAGCGUAUCAUUGAAAUUUGGAUUUCCUUUAAGAAUGUAUUUUUAAAAUAUUUGAACGAUUUGGAGUUUGGUAUCGACAAUAAGUGGCCUUUGAAUUGGUGGCGAGUCUUAGCAAAAAUGAAAUUUUUGCUAGAAAGCCGCUACCAUAACAUGGAACCGUUCUAUUAUAUCGUAAGUAAUAAAAUGAUGGAAGAGAUUGAACGUUGUGCUAUGCUGGAAAUGAAGACAAAGUAUAAUAAGGUAACAGCUGGAGAGCCGGAAAGCAAAGAUAGUAAAGAAGAAUCCAAAAAGGAUGAUGAUAUUAAUAAUGAUGCAUCUCCACCGGUGCAGACAAUCGUGGAAAAUGAAAAACCAAUGACAUCAGCAAAGACAACUAAAACUCCUAGUUGCACGUAUCGAAGAAAGGUUAAAGAAAUUGAAUCUGUGGCUUUACUAACAGCUGUAAAAAAACGUCCUAUCAUCUAUGAGAAAUUGAAUAAUCCUGUUCAAAAAUAUAAAGCUUGGCUUGAGGUCGCCAAAGAAUUAAAUGCCGAAGUCACGGACUGUUUAUUGGCGUUUCGAAGAUCCUUUUUCAAGUAUCGUGCGUACAAAUUGCAGGAUCCAAUUAGUCGCUGCCGUCUAAAUCAACGUUAUUACGCUAAGUUUGAUGAAAUGUUCCGUACGGUAAAAUCAGGCAUCAAAUUAAACGUCAAAACACCAUUCGAAUUAAAUCAGAAUGUUAAUACAACCACGGCAAGUGAAUCAUCGGAUGCUAUUUUUCCUGAACGUUAUAUAAGUGAAAUUAAUAUGACAACAUGUUCGAGCAAUUUGGUUGUUAAAAAUUGGAUAUAUGCUCUUAACAAUCUAAGUUCGUGGCCCGGUACCAAUGAUCUCAAACUGAAAGACAUUCUUCACAAAUAUGUCUCUAAAAAAUGUUAAGUAUAUUUUUUCUUCUUCUUUUUUUUUUUUUUUUUUUUU